CGAGCGUGGAAGUGCCUUGAGGAGAAUAAUGUCAUUUUUGUGUGGUACCAUGCCGAAAUGGAAGAACCAAACUGGUAUCCUGAGCCCAUUCCGCAAAUUGCUAAUCGGAGUUACUGGUGUCAGGGUCGUAACGAAUAUAUUAUCUGCUCUCACAUCCAGGAAGUACCAGAAAAUGGAUCAGAUAUGGCUCACUUGGACUACCUGCAUACACCAGGAAUGCUGUUUCCUGGAUUAUCUAAGCACACGUGGACCGAUACGAAUUGGCAACCUCGGCCAACACAUUUAGCCGAAGGAUCGCCUGCUCGACCCUUCCAUGCCUCCCUCACACUCACUCAUGCCCUUAAACUCUUCGGAAAAUUUACAAUACUAAAGGUCCGGGUAACAGCGGAGCAACUCGGUCCUGCUUACGUUGAGCUCACUGUUAAUACAAGUGUGGGUCAAAUGUUCAUUAUUGAAACAGUGACGCCAAUAGAGCCUUAUGUUCUGCGGAUAACUCACUCAUUGUACUCGGCACCUCACCACGGACUCUACGGCAAAAUCAUCUUCUUGGGUCAGUGCUUCAUGUUCGAGAGGGAUAUAACAGUAUGGAACCACAAGGAGUUCAUCAAAAAUGCCAUUCUUCUUCCUGAAGAUAAAAGAGUGAAAGCCUUCAGGCAGUGGUAUAAACAAUUUUAUUCUCCAAAUAGUCCAACUUAUCAGUCCAUCAAAUCCCUCGAGUGGUAAUAACACAAUCACUCUGAUAGA